AGAGCAAGUCAGAAGGAUGGGCAGCAGCAGGUUUCCUGUGGAGGUGAAUGCUGUGGGCUUGCUGAAGCAUGGCCGGCAGAAGGUAGUUUGGCCCUGAACCGAGUCGUGAGACACCCCCCCUGACCAGCAUGCUUUCUGUCUCCUGGUCUGACCAAACCCAGGUUCUCAUUUACAGGACAUUUGAAGAAUUUAGGACCCUCCAUAAGGGGCUGAAGAGGAAAUUCCCCAUUGAGAGUGGCUUAUUGAAAAAGUCCGACCGGACCCUCCCAAGAUUUCGAGAUGCCAAUGCGAUGCUGAGGAAGAAUCAGAAGCUGAGCCGCUGCAUGGAGACUCUGAGGCUGCUGGAGGUCUAUUGCCAGGAGCUGCUAAAGACUCAAGCCAAAAUCUCCCGAGGAGAAGACGUGGUUAAGUUUUUUGAAGCCCACGGCCAGGAUCUGGAGCCCCCCUUUCCAGAAAACAGCAUUAUCGUUUUGCCUUCUGAAAUGGGAGACAGGAAGAAAGAGGCUCCCAGGGCUCCCAUCCUGACCAUCACACAGCCGGUCAUCUCCCAGAUGUACCAAUGCGUUGCACCCUUUCGAACACAAGACACCCAGAACAAGCCCUUCGAAGCCACCAAGGCAGAAAAGCUGGAAGUGCUGAUGAAGGACAGGACAGGAUGGUGGCUAGUGGAAAACAACCGAAAGCAAAUUGCCUGGUUCCCAGCUCCGUACCUGGAGGACAACAAAGAAAUGCCCAUCAUGGAAGAAAACGACGAGGAAGGGAUGCUAUAUUAUGUCACCCAGGCCUACAGAGCCAAGCAACCAGAUGAACUCUCCCUUGAGUUUGGGAUUGUGGUGGAAGUGCUGGAGAAAACAGACAGUGGCUGGUGGCUGGUUUGGUACAAUGGAACCACAGGCAUUGUUCCUUCCAUGUUUCUCCAGCCAUACAGAAACCCACUUAGCAAAUUCCUGGCUCUUGCCUCUCCCUCCUUAUGCAGCUCCUUGCCAAACCUCACUGAAGCCCCCAGUCUCAGCAGCAAGAAUUGUGCAGUCCAGCAAAAGGGGAAUCAGGUUUAUCUCAGCCAGAAGAUGCAAAGCAAAGACACUGGCUCACUCGAGGGCAAAGGCAUUCGUUCUCCAAGUAUAAGAUCCACCUCAGGAAAUUCCAGUCCAGCCUCUGGGAAAGAGAAUUGGUCCAGCAGCUCCGGGAACAUGAGUGACCAAGGAUUCUGUGGUCCCUGUGAUCCUGAGGUCCACAUUGUCUUCACAGAGACCCUUCUACAGACAUCUGGCAACCCAGGAAAAGCCUCCUUAAGCCAGCAGCAGAACAAUUCGGGCUUUGAAGAGGAAUCUUCUGGAGACCCUGUCCAUUUGCUUCCUUCCUCUGGUAUGGGCUCCUUGCCUAGUUGGCCCAUUGUGCCCCCACGCCCCUCCCCUCAUGAAAUCCUCCAGAAAUGCAGCAGCCUAACCAGAAGGGCUCUGCAGAGAUCUCUGGAGCAGCCCAACUGCAAAGGUGCCAUCUGACAUCAUUGGACUCUGAGGUUUAUUAAUGUACAAAAUACCUGUUGUGUGUGGAAGGAAUCACUCAGUUCCUUAUGCAGGGUUAGAAUUGGGAUAUCCUUCUAGUCAGACUGAAGCGGCUCAAGGGAUGAUGUUCUUCCACAGAGGGACACACCUCCAUUUUCCUAAAGAGAGAUCAAGUUGAAAGCACCACUUCAAGAGCUUUUAUCUUGGAGUCAAUCCCUUGGAAGGGAAAGGAGGGUACAUUUUUCACCAGGUUGGGUGACAUCACCUCCUGCAAUUGAGGCACCAUUUGGCCAUGCUGGAUGGAGCACCGAGAAUAUUUUGUGAAGGACUUAACCCAAUCCUGCCUGAACAAGAGAGACAGGCAGGUAGAACUAAGGCCCACGUGGCCCUUUGAAGCUAAUAGUCCUACCUUCUACUCAACUAUCAACACUCAUGAGUUGUUGACUGCCGUAUCCAAGUUGGGGUCUACAGUAGAUAUUUAUUUAAUAAUAUAAUAUACUGGAAUGGACACAUUUUAAUACUUUUAGGUAUUCCUUAUUAAGUACCUGAUUUCUAUCUAGAGGCUUGAGGGUUAUUAGACUAUACAAAUAUGAAUUAAUAAAAUGGCAUGUAAUUAAUAUGCUGUACUUUCAAAUUCCAAGCAAUCUGCCUGUGAAAAAUAAAAUUACUUAGUUUGCAAUUUC